UAUCGUUUUGACGGUGCAGUUCGCGCUAGUGAAGAGCGAGGGAAGUCAUGUCUGUAGUAACGUCUGGACGAUACACUUUUCCCAGCUAUAAUUUGGUGUUUUUUAUUUUCCUCCAGCUUGGGCUGCACUCAGUUGAGGGAGUAUGGCCUUUACCGCAAUCUAUUACCUCCUCACCGGAGCGAUACCCUCUGAAUCCCCAGGCUUUCUACUUUACUUACGGAAGUCAAUCAGCUGCACAGGAGGGCUGCUCUGUUCUGGAUGAAGCAUUUAAGAGAUACUUUUCUCUUAUUUUUCCAGACUACUCAUCUGGUUACGGUUUUCUGCGAUUCAGUGUGGAUAAACCAUUUACUGUCCAAGUAAGUGUCGGCCGCGAUGAUUGCGACAGCUACCCAGAUGAAGACUCUUCUGAGCAAUACACUCUGAGCGUCUCUGCUGGACAAGCAUCUCUGAAGGCAGAAACUGUGUGGGGUGCUCUAAGAGGUCUGGAAACCUUCAGUCAGUUGGUUUAUCAAGAGGAUUUUGGCUCAUAUUAUGUGAACAAGACUGAGAUUAAAGACUUCCCCCGCUUUCAGUUCAGAGGGAUUUUAUUGGACACUUCACGUCAUUAUUUACCAGUGCAGGCCAUUUUAAAAACCCUGGAUGCGAUGGCCUUCAGUAAGUUCAAUGUGUUUCAUUGGCACAUUGUCGAUGACCCCUCCUUCCCUUAUCAGAGCCGCACCUUUCCGGACCUGUCUGCUAAGGGGGCUUUCCAUCCGAUGACUCACAUCUACACGCAGUCAGAUGUAGGAAGGGUGAUCUCAUUUGCCAGAAUGCGGGGAAUAAGAGUCCUUCCUGAGUUUGAUUCACCAGGCCACACUCAGUCUUGGGGAAAAGGCCAGUCUGACCUGUUGACUCCCUGCUACAGUGGGAGCAGCCCUUCUGGUACUUUUGGUCCUGUUAAUCCAAUAUUGCCCUCCACGUACAAGUUCAUGGCAACACUAUUUAAGGAAGUGUCUUCGGUGUUUCCUGAUUCCUAUAUCCACUUAGGAGGAGAUGAGGUUAACUUUUCCUGCUGGAAAUCCAACCCUGAUGUCCGAGCAUUCAUGCUGAAAAUGGGAUUUGGAGCAGACUUCACCAAACUGGAAGCUUACUACAUGGAGAACAUUGUGAACAUCACUGUAGCUCUCAACAGAACAUCCAUUGUGUGGCAGGAUGUUUUUGACUAUCAUGAACGACGCACUUCUCUAUCAGUGGUGGAGGUAUGGAGAGAGGGCUGUUACCUGUGUGAAGUACGCAGGGUGGUUAAAGCAGGGCUCAGGGUAAUUCUAGCCUCUCCAUGGUAUCUGGACCAGCCCGGACCUACACACAACUGGGCCCGCUACUACACUGUGUGGCCCCUCGCCUUCAAGGGUCAGAAUAUGAAAACUGUGUGCUGUGCAGAGUUAAAGAUUUUCAAGCUGCUGUGUGUGUGUGUGUGUGCGUGUGUUUGUUUGUCUGAUAUUAAUCAACAGAUAAAACAUGGUUUUACGUAAAAUAUAUAUCUAUGGAUAGCUACAAUUUGGGGACUAUUUACAGGGUGUACAAAGUGUUUAUACCAGUUUAUACAUCAGUGUUAUUAAGGCUGUUCUGUGUCCCAAGACUGUACCUGAAAUCAUUUUUUUUUCAGGUAUGAACAAAUAAUAAUAAUAAUAUAACUUGGUGUGUAAAGAACUUGGACACAGCUACAGAGAGAUGUGAUUGUUGUGAUGCUGCUUACUGCUGAACACACAUAUAAAAGUCCUGCUACUGCCAGCUGCUUUGCCAAAGCAAAAACCCAGCAAUUGACUCUUUGUUUAUCUGGGAGAUAAUCAAAGAGUUAAGCAUAUGCAUAAUGGUGUCUUACUAAAUAUUCCAGAUUUUUUUUAUUUUUUAAAAAAAGGUCUUGAAAGCAUAACCACAUGCUUGCUCCUGACCUAAUCUGCUGGUAGCCCAUUAGAGAUUCCACAGCUGCUUCCAUCAGACAAGCUUAGCAGAAGAAAGUUACAGAUACUGUUCAUGUUUGGUUCUCCAAGCCAUUUAAAAACCAUUGUUUUUAUACACAAAACUGCUGGAAAUUCGAAUUCAAAUCAAAUCAAUUUUAUUUAUAUAGCACUUUUAAAAACAACAACUGUUGACCAAAGUAUUGUA